UAUGUAAUGUGUUCUUGUUGUCCAUUUUCAUUAUACACCCAACAGUUAUUAAGUUAAUGUAAAGCUGUAGGUGGGCUAGGGAGUUUUAUUGGAAAAGGCAAUCAUUUUAAGUAGCUUAGCUGAUCUGUUAUGGUCCUUUUUGUAAUCACCAACUGCAAUAUGUCAAUGCUGUAAUUUCAUAUGCAUAUUUCUCCAUGAAUGUACCCAUUUUGGUGCUCGCUCGGUGCCUUGAAUGUAACCGAAGUCCAGUGCUUUUAUUUUGUAAUGGCGUCGCCGUCGCAGCGCCUCACCGGUGAGAACAGCCUGGCUGAGAGGGAUUACCGGGGCUGGUUUGUCCUCGCCUGCAUUAAAGCUAGAGCUGCCGCAGCUGCACACACAUCAAGAGGCUCUCCUUCACCUCCUCACUGCAGCUCCCACCGACGGCAGGUCUACUGGAUGGUGGAGCCAUUUCUUCUUUUUUUUUACACACAGCGGGAUCGGUGCCCGGUUCUACACAACGGGACAUAACACGGACAUACUCCGAAUUUCACCCGUCUACGUCGAGCCGUGUCGAGAUGAUGCACUGAGGAGAAAACGGCACAGGCUCCCCGGUUGUGUUGAUCCUGAGGCUGCAGUGAACGGAGGGGGGAUUGCGGUACAACAAGGUUAAUAAUCAGCAUCAGUAAAGGUCUUCUCUGUGAGCGGGAACCGACUUGAAAGAGUGAAUCUUGCCCCUGUGCGGGGGGAUCGGCGGAGAAAUAGAGCUAUAAAAAUUAUGGCCACCCUACUGCGGAAGAUCGGUCUGAUCCGCCUGCACGACCGAGACACCGAGGACCCAAAGCACCACCAGGGUUCGUUAAAGGGGACCAAAGGGAACCAGAAAAACAACGCCAACAAACACUGUCAGACCGCCAACGAAACCAACAUCCUGAGCACCCCGGAGAUUAAGGCGAGGAAGCUGGACCAGCACGGCAAGGACAAGCCGUCCGGCAAGGAUAAGCAGGGCAAGGAUGCAAAGGAGAAGCAGCAGACGGGAGGAGGCGGGAGUAAAGCGACCAGUGCCUCCUCGAUACCACCGCUGGCGCCUCACCGGCAACACUGCACCCAGGUCCGAACGCGGAGGCUGAUGAAGGAGCUACAGGAGAUCAGGAGGUUAGGGGACAACUUCAUCACGGUGGAGCUGGUGGAGGACAACCUGUAUGACUGGAACGUCAAGCUGCACCAGGUGGACAAGGACUCGGCGCUGUGGCAGGACAUGAAGGAGACCAGCACCGAGUUCAUACUGCUCAACGUCACCUUUCCCGAUAAUUUCCCCUUCUCGCCCCCGUUCAUGCGGGUCCUGACGCCCCGGUUGGAGAACGGCUACGUGCUGGACGGCGGGGCCAUAUGCAUGGAGCUGUUGACCCCCCGCGGAUGGUCCAGCGCCUACACGGUGGAGGCGGUCAUGAGGCAGUUUGCGGCCAGCCUAGUAAAAGGACAGGGGCGUAUAUGUAGGAAAUCAGGGAAGUCCAAGAAAGCUUUCAGCCGUAAGGAAGCUGAGGCUACCUUCAAGUCCCUGGUGAAGACCCACGAGAAGUACGGCUGGGUGUCCCCGCCCGUGUCCGACGGUUGAUUGCUCGGCCUCCGACCCUCCGACACCCGCGCUAGCCGGACAAAACCCAGCUAGCCCCGACACGCAAAACGACACACCACGCUAACUCAACAAUCUCUCAUCUUCACCUUUUGCUGUUUCACUCAAGAGUUUUUUUUUUUUUUUUUUUUUGGGGGGUCGGUUUUGUGUCUGUGUUUUUUGACAUUUUUUUGUCCUCAUCUCCACCAAAACUCUCGGAGAGCAGACGCGCCGCCACCAUCGUCACUCCCCCACUAAGAAAGCGACUUUCGUUCCCCUCCCUCUCGCCCAGGGAGGUUCUUUCCCCCAUUUCGGAAAGACCUGAGAGGGAGGUGUGUGUGUGUGUGUGUGUGUGUGUGCGUGUGUAUGUUUGUCACUCCAUUGGACAUCAGCAGGGAUUGUGUGCACAUACAUCGGAGUGUGCGUUACUGUCAGUGGAUUUCUUUAAAAUUUUCUUAACGCACACCCAUGCAUGUGCAGUCGGAUAAAUCGGACAGUGAGGACUUUUCCACCUAUGUGAAAGACUACUGAAUGAAGGAAACUCAUCCCCCCUCUCCUGUCCCCCCCCUCUCUUCACCCCUCACUCCCCUCUUCUCCACUGCACUGAACUGGCGUCACUUCCCACCGUCUCUCUCUGUAACUGUCGGGUCAUUUACAUAUAAAUGAAGCUGUUAAUGUUUAAUAGACGGGCAGCGCACUGGCGUUUAUACUCACUUCAUUUCCCCUUUCUUUCGACUGUGCCGUUGCUCACAGUUCAAUGCAACAUGAAGAUUGUAUUUUACAUGGAGCUGUGCUCUCUCUCUUUCUCUCUUUCUCUCUCUAUCUCUUUCUUUAGCUCACUCGUUCACUUUGUUUCUCUUUCUCUCUCUCCGUCUCUUGUGGCUAAAUUUAGAGCUCACUGUUGCGUAGAUGGAUAUUGAUUUCUAAUGGAGAAAUAAAAAGUCACAUGUUGCUGUAUGCAGAGACUAUGUAUGAUAAAUAGAUUGACAGUCAAUCACCUCUCUUUCUUUCUCUCUCUACUCUCAUCUUAUCGUGUGUGUGUGUGUGUGUGUGUGUGUAGGAGAGGAAUAAGACUGUAAUUCCCAUGAUUUAGAUACCAGAUGGUACAGCUGAAGGCCAGGCCUCAGUAUGUGUGUGUGUGUGUGUGUGUGUGUGUGUGUGUGUGUGUGUGUGUGUGUGUGUGAGCAAGGGAGCCAGCCCUUUAAACAGAGAACAUGAUUUACUGUGAAUGACACUAAGGCCUAAAGGGAGUGCUGUUUUUGUUAAAUUACUCGUCGCCGUCUUGUUCCACUUUCUAUGUCCGCUCCUGAUUAUUACUACUGUAAACACGUGUGCGGUUGUGACUGAGUAUCUACGUGUACAUAGCCUCGUCUGUCUCUCUCCGAUCCAUGUAAAGAACUAAAGGUCAGUAGAAUUUACGCUUUGGAAAUAUACACACACACACACACACACACACACACACAAGCUCGCCCACACAGCCACACACAACAAACACACAGACGCUCGUGCGCACACCUGCGGCCUUGGCGGCGGCGGUAACGCCCGGGAAUGAAGACAGACAUGCUCGAGCGCCGCCAUGGAUGGAGUGGUGCUUUAAAUGAGCGUAGGCUUCAGAGCCCGCCUGACUGAUGUCUGCUGAAAGAGGGAGACCGAGAAGAAGUAGAACAGAGGGAGAGGAGGGAAUUGUGGGAGCUUUGAUCACCACCGACUGCUUCUCGGAAAUGUCAGGUGGCUUGCAAAAUGGCCGAAGACAGAUAUUAUUUGCUCUACCCGCUGUGAUUACUGAAGAGACACGCAGUUCCAACCUUUAAAAAGACUUUAGAAAUAUCUAAUAUUAGCUCUACGGCUGCAGCAACGUCGUUCUCAAUCAACUCGGCGCCUACUAGCCACAGACUAUCCGUCCGUCCGGUCCAGUGGGCACCUCGUGUGUUUGUUUUGCUAUCUGCCAGUUAAAUGUCAGAGGGAAAGCUGCUAAUUGGUCUGACAUUUCAGCAGAGCGUCAUUAGAGAAGAGCAGCUGAGAGCAGAAGGAUGGAGGAUGUCAAACCUCCCGCUCUGCGUUGACAUUUUGUCACUUUCCGCUCCUUCCCUGUUUUGUUUUUUGUUUUGUUUUUUUUGGGGGGAGGAGGGGGGUGUCAGGGGGUUAGGUGAGGAGAGACAGGGGUGUAGGAGCAGCUCGAUGCCAGUCAGCUCUCAGCCCAACCGUAAUCCUGGAGCAGGAUGUUUAAACCGCUGAGCAGAGGCCGAGCCGCGCUGCCAGCAUGCCGCGUUUGGAUCAGGCCGCCCCGCGUUUCAAAGCCCCCCUUGUGUUGCGUUUGUGGUCGAUAACAAAUGUCCGUCUGUGUGUGAGUAAAUGCGUGUGUUACACUCCCAUUACGAAAAAACGGGCAAAAGAGAAAAAAAAAACGACAAACACACCAUCUGGUAUGUGAUCAUGUACGAAAGCGUGUUAGUCCUCUUUGAAUUUGGCUAGUCAUUUCAGGGUCGAUCGUUUAGUGAUCUCUUGGCUUGUCAGCGGAGAAAACUGUAAACUGAAUUAUUAUUAAGACAAAAUAUCUCAAAAGCUGAGUGUUUGCUGGUUUCAAAAGAAUAAUUUUGUGAUAUAGUUUAGAUUGGUAGUUUGCAGACACUAACUGGGUGAACUGAUUAUGUUGUAUUAUAUCUGCAUGUGAUAUGUGAUUGGUAGCUGUAUAUCUUUUUUCAAGAAAAGCAAGAAAAAAUAGGGGGGAAACAAAAAUGCAAAUGCUUCUCUUUUCUUGUUCUUUUUUUUUCUUUUUGGGGUUCUGUAUUGUAUGUAUAUUUUCUUUCUUUCUAAGCGUCCUAAAAAUGUCACAUUGUGUUAUAUGAACGUUUGUGUUUUAAUUUAUUUGUGGUUUGCCAAAAUGAAGAUUUGAAGCAUGUUGCAGGUAUUGUCACAAGAAAAUGAGAAAAAAAAAACCUUACUAAGAAUGAUAGCCUAUGUAUUUGUGUGAUGGGGGAAGGUGUGUUUAUUUGGGGGGAUUUCAGGGAGUCAAGAAGGACAGAAGGUUGCAAAGCCUCAAGAUUAUAAAGGGAGUAUUUCCUUCAUGGGGAGUGCAUCAAAGUGGAAUCAAGAAAAUUUCUACGCUCCCUUGAAUACUUCCUAGUCCCCUCCAUGAUGUCACUACUGUCCCUUACCCAUUGGUCCUGCUGUAGACAGUGAAUUGGCUUAUGGGCAAUGCAGUCAACACAAAGAUCUGGACUGAAAGUUCCCCCAGUCACAGAUCUAGGAUCAGUAUGACCUCCCUAUGCUUCAAAUCUCACUCGUAAAGGGAAUGUGCACAUCUGACCUGUGAUUAGUUACUCUGGGCAACUUCAUCCCACUCCUGACUCAAGUGUUUGGUUGAGACCGAGGUCUUAAAAGUUCAAAAGGUGAAAGGUCGUUGCAAGACCAAACAGGAAUGUGCAAUAAAAGUUACAGCUUAUUCAAA